CCCCGGCCGCCUGUGCCCCGCCUCGGACGCGGCCGGGAGGAGGGGCCGGGCGGCCGCGCCGCGAUGUGGCAGCGCUCGGUGUGCGUGGGCCUGCUGGCCCUGGCGCUGGGCUACCUCUGCCUGCUGAGCCCCGAGCUGUGCCCCUCGGCGCUGCGGCAGCUCUCGGCCUCGCUGCUGGGGGGGCUGCGCGGCGCCCGCUCCCUCGAGGCCCGCGUGGUGGCGGCCUGGCAGGAGGCCAUCGUCCGCCCGGGCCGGCCCUGGGCGCGCGUCGCCGUCGGCGUCAACGCCUGCGUGGAUGUGGUGCUGUCCGGCGUCAGGCUGCUGGAGGCGCUGGGCCUGGAACCCGGGGAUGGCAGAAAUCACCUGGUCCUGAACUCCCAGCAGGACCUAAAGGAAGCCUUCGCUCACUUCAUGGGGAGAGGGGCAGCGGCCGAGCGCUUCUUCAGCGACGCUGAGUCCUUCCAGCGCAUCGCGCGGGUGGCCGCCGAGCACCCCGGGGCACAGCUUUACGUUGGAGGAAAUGCUGCUCUCAUUGGUCAGAAGCUGGCAACAAACCCAGACCUGAAGAUCCUCCUCUGUGGCCCAGUUGGGCCUAAGCUCCAUGAACUUCUUGAUGACAAUGUGGUUGUGCCUCCUGAAUCCAUGCAGGAAAGGGAUGAAUUCCAUCUCAUCUUGGAGUAUCAAGCAGGUGAAGAGUGGGGCCAAGUGCGAGCGCCCAACGCCAACCGCUUCAUCUUCUCCCAUGACCUCUCCAACGGUGCCUUGAACAUGCUGGAAGUGUUUGUGUCCAGCUUGGAUGAGUUUCAGCCAGACCUUGUGGUCCUUUCAGGGCUUCACAUGAUGGAAGGCCAGAGCAAGGAGAUGCGGCACAGGCGACUCCUGGAGGCUGUGGCCUCCAUCUCCGACAUCCCGACGGACAUUCCCAUCCACCUGGAGCUGGCCAGUAUGACUGACCAGGACUUCAUGAGCAACAUCGUGCAUCAGCAGGUCCUUCCCCUGGUGAACUCCAUUGGGCUGAACGAGCAGGAGCUGCUGUUCCUGACGCAGUCCGCCUCGGGGCCGCACGCCUCGCUGCCCGCCUGGGGCGGCGUGCCCGACGUGGGCACCGUCAGCGACAUCCUCUUCUGGCUGCUGAAGGAGCACGGCAAGGCGGCGCGGCGGGCCUCCGACCUCACGCGCGUCCACUUCCACACCCUGGCCUACCACAUCCUGGCCACCGUGGAUGGCUACUGGGGCAACCAGGUGGCGGCGGUGGCUGCCGGAGCCAGAGCGGCAGGGACCCAGGCCUGCGCCACCGACACCAUCGAUACCGGCAAGGUCUUGCUGAAAGCUCCUCUGGAGUUUGUGACCUCCCAGCUAGAGGCCCCCGCCAAAGUCUCCUUCAACCCGGACGAGCCGGUGGUGCGCUGGCACAGAGAGGGCAUCUCCUUCCAUUUCACCCCUGUGCUGGUCUGUAAGGACCCCGUGCGGACCGUGGGCCUGGGGGACACCAUCUCGGCUGAAGGACUGCUCUACUCUGAAGCAUAUCCUCAGUAGCAGGCGGCAGCCUCCUCUUCCUCCUCCUCCACUCCCCAUGGUGUCCAACAGCCAGGGACUGGGAUUUGGGCCGGCGGUGGUACGGGAGCAGGGCCAGGCUGUGGUGUGCUCUCUUGACAGGACUGGCAAAGAGCCAAAGAGUAAUUCCAGGUAUCAGCUGUCAGACACAUUCCGGUCGCUGGGCAGGCGCUCGAAAGCUUCCCUUGCAGGUGCAGCAGGUGGGAAGUGGCUUUGCUUUGUCUAAGCAGGCUGGGAGGGAGAGCAGCAGCAGCAGCCCUGUCUGGCCCGGGUUUGCUGUGUGUGACUGAGGGGCUUGUGUCUGCCAGUGCUGGGAAGUGCAGCAGCCAGGAGUGCCCUGCCAGGGAGAGCGCCGCAGUGCUCAGCCCUGGUAUCUCCUCACCGCACGCUGCUGUGCGGCAAGAGCUGCCCUUUGGUAUCUCCUCACCACACACUGCUGUGCAGCCACAGCUGCCCUUUGGUAUCUCCUCACCGCACACAGCUGUGCGGCAAGAGCUGCCCUUUGGUAUCUCCUCACCGCACACAGCUGUGCAGCCACAGCUGCCCUUUGGUAUCUCCUCACCGCACACAGCUGUGCGGCAAGAGCUGCCCUUUGGUAUCUCCUCACCGCACACAGCUGUGCGGCCACAGCUGCCCUUUGGUAUCUCCUCACCGCACGCUGCUGUGCGGCCACAGCUGCCCUUUGGUAUCUCCUCACCGCACACUGCUGUGCGGCCACAGCUGCCAUUUGGUAUCUCCUCACCACACACUGCUGUGCGGCCACAGCUGCCCUUUGGUAUCUCCUCACCGCACGCUGCUGUGCGGCCACAGCUGCCCUUUGGUAUCUCCUCACCGCACGCUGCUGUGCGGCCACAGCUGCCCUUUGGUAUCUCCUCACCGCACGCUGCUGUGCGGCAAGAGCUGCCCUUUGGUAUCUCCUCACCGCACGCUGCUGUGCGGCCACAGCUGCCCUUUGGCAUCUCCUCACCGCACACAGCUGUGCGGCCACAGCUGCCCUUUGGUAUCUCCUCACCGCACACUGCUGUGCGGCCACAGCUGCCCUUUGGCAUCUCCUCACCGCACACUGCUGUGCGGCCACAGCUGCCCUUUGGUAUCUCCUCACCACACACUGCUGUGCGGCAAGAGCUGCCCUUUGGUAUCUCCUCACCGCACACUGCUGUGCGGCCACAGCUGCCCUUUGGUAUCUCCUCACCACACACUGCUGUGUGGCCACAGCUGCCCUUUGGUAUCUCCUCACCGCACACUGCUGUGCGGCAAGAGCUGCCCUUUGGUAUCUCCUCACCGCACACUGCUGUGCGGCCACAGCUGCCCUUUGGUAUCUCCUCACCACACACUGCUGUGCGGCCACAGCUGCCCUUUGGUAUCUCCUCACCGCACACUGCUGUGCGGCCACAGCUGCCCUUUGGUAUCUCCUCACCGCACACUGCUGUGUGGCCACAGCUGCCCUUCUGCUUGCUUGGUGUGGUGAUGGUGAUGAAACCUUUUACUGAUGAAAUUACCUCUCAGCCUCUGUGCCACCAGCACUGGAGGGAGCCAGAACCCCAAAAUGUGCUGCACACUCCUUGAAGGCACAGGCAAAACUUGACACUGGGCUCUCUCUGUGACUUAGAGGAGUAUUUAACUGAGCCCAAGUAACUUCAGGUGCUGGGCAACCAGAAGUGAAGCUAAUCAGGGGUGCUUUGGGCAGACAGCUUUAUUCUCGUGCUAGGCCAGCCACAAACCUCUCCCUGUGCUUGCUGCGUGCUGAAUACCAGGAGCUCCAGCAGAGGGGCUCGCAGCUCUUUGCUGACAGUGGGGGCUUACAUCUGGGGGCUGCAGACUGCUGCUGCUGCUGUGUGAGGAUGGCUGUGCAAUUCCCUUAGGUUUCCCUGCUCUCCACUCGCGAGGGUUCAUGAGCUAGAGAAGGUCCCAAAUGUGUAACAGCACUUUCCAGGUGAGACUGAAUGAGUGGCAGGGUUUGAGGGUUUUGAAUCUUGGACUGGGUCACUGAAAGCUGCUUUGCUCUGGACAGCCUUUGGGAUUAAAGAAGUAGAACCAUG